CGGAGAGUGACCGCCUCCGCUGCCGAACGCCAAAUUCGCGACCGCCGCUCACUUUGUCUUUUCUUGCCUACGCCGAGUCCCAAUUACGCACCAAACGGGAACUUUCUCGAGUCGAGUAUGCGGUCGUUGUUUUCAGUCCUUCAAAGGACUGCUCCAGCAACCUGGGCAGCUCCAGUACGCGCUGCGCAGAGUAGCGCCCCUGCGUGGAAGGUGGACUCUAUCUGCACGAGAUGCCGUCUACAGCAGAAGCGCCAAUUCUCGAAAUCGCGCCAGUUGACCGAGAGUUUGCUGAAUGUCGACCACCCAGCAAAACUCGUGCGAGUCAAUCAGAAACAUGGGCCCGGCUUGAUUAUCCUGGCUCUGAUCCCGAUCAUCGCGUUUGGCCUGGGCACCUGGCAAGUCCAGCGCUUGGACCGAAAGACAAAGAUGAUUGCCAAGUUUGAGGACCGUCUGAUCAAGCCUCCACUUCCGCUGCCGCCGCGAAUUGACCCCGAUGCGAUUGCCGACUUUGAUUACCGCCGUGUCUACGCUACCGGCCACUUCCGUCACGACAAGGAGAUGCUGGUUGGACCUCGCAUGAACGAGGGUGAAGAUGGUUUCCUCGUUGUGACGCCUCUGGAGCGUGGUGAUGGCCAAAGUACUGUUCUGGUCAACCGGGGGUGGAUCUCUCGCAAGUUGAUGAAUCAGAAGUCCCGGCCGGAGGGACUGCCACUAGGAGAAAUUACUGUGGAAGGAUUGCUACGCGAGCCAUGGAAGAAGAAUAUGUUCACGCCAGAGAACAAGCCCGAGGAGGGCAAGUUUUACUUCCCUGAUAUUGAGCAAAUGGCUGAGUUGGCGGGCAGUCAGCCCGUUUGGAUUGAAGAGACUAUGGUGCCUGAUCUGCUUGAGACCUAUGAUCGUAUCGCCAAGGGACGGCCCCUUGGUCGCGCCGCAGAAGUCAACUUGAGGAACAACCACGCACAGUACAUUUUCACAUGGUACGGCUUAUCCCUAGCCACGUCCAUCAUGCUGUGGAUGGUGGUGCGCAAGAAGCCCAAUGAUGCACUGCGUCGGGUGCGCCAGAACCGCAAUUGGGCAUAGACUGCAGAUAGUCAUCUUUUGCAUUUUCCAUUGGCGUUUCUGGGGUUUGUAUGAGUAUUUUUGUGCGUUGGUCUCAGAGCAUUCAUGGAGGCAUGGCCAGCCUCAUAUCUUGUUGUAGCUCCUUGGGCAGAUGCUUCUGAGCUAGGGAGAAUACCGUUGUCGAGCUGUUGAUAUGACGUUGCCUGAGAAUGUUAGCAUGGCUCAAGGAUGCUGGACUCGGUGCGGUAUACCUCUUCAUCAAGGUGGUCACAUCACUCUCGUCGAUGGUUUUACGACCGGCGUGCUUGGAAUACGCGGCCAAAUCCUGGCUGACUUGUUCAAAGUACCAUGAGGAUGCCUGCUCGAUGGCGGCUAGCGCAGCUUUGUUGAUCUUUGCUUUGGAACCAGCUCCCGUGCGGGCGAAUUGACUGGCCAACUUCUUGACCACUCCAGCAGGUAAAUUUGGCACCGGGAUUCCAUGACGGGAGAGCUUCUUCUGCUUUCCCUGUGUGGGGAGCCCGUCGUCCCGCAGGCCACCUCCAAUGAUGCCAGGGCUUUGGCUCGGAGAUGCUGCUGCUGGGAAGUCAAGGCCAAAGCCAAAGUCGCCAGCUGCGUCAUUGUCGUUGUCCGAUGGCGUAGCAGGUCCCGGCUGGAUAUCGCCCGCAGAUAGUUCAAAUCCGUCCGUGUAGCCGUCAUCCCCUUCCAAUGGACUUUCAUUCAUGGGGUUUGCAUUCGGAGAUGGGAAGUCCAUGUCGAAAUGGAACCCGCGCAACUCCUCGGUCUCUCCACUAUUUGUCAAAUGUUAGCCUCAUAUGUACCAUAACUGUUUCGUAUACACUUACCCUCUGUCAAAUUCACCUCCACUGAUCAUGGUAUCAUCUCCAAAACCGUCAUCAAUUAUGAUGCCAGUUUCUUCCCCAGCAUCAGAAUCACUCUCUAGUUGGGUCUCCCCAAAGUCCUCACUCACUCGUAGAUCACGACGCAUAAUUGCGAGUUGUUCUUGAUCUCGGAUAGCAAGAUCCCUUCGAGGAAAUUCCACAGACUUAUCAUCGUCGUCAAAGGGGAUUGACAAGCGGGGUGGGGGUAUAUCAGGACUGCCUUCUUCGCUGCCCUCUGUACUUCCUUGCAUAGGAAGAGAAACCCGUGGGCGCUCCAAUUCGGGCUCAUUGUCCAGCGCUUCGAUCUCAUCUAUCGGCUCCUCCACGUCCUUUACUUCCUCUUGAGGCGAUGAUUGAAUCGGUUUUGAGACGGGUGCAAGCG